AUGGAUAUAAAAGAUAUUUUUCUUGAAGAGCUACUAGUGGAUAGCAUUCAUCCAUCCGUUGACAAAGCACAACAUAAGCUUUUCAGCGCUAUAAAGAAAGGAGAUUUAGAUAAAGUAAGGGGCAUUUUAAGCUCCUUUCAAGAAAAUUACGACCUUGAUCGUCUAUACGAUUCGGGUAAAACCGCUUUACAAGUGGCAGCAGAUAUAAAGGAUGUUUCCGUUCGAACCCACAUGGUUAGAGUCUUAUUGAAUGGAGGGGCUAGCUUAGAGGUUGGUUUGCUACAAGCGGUACAUGAUGGUGACACAAAAACCGUGCGGAUUCUUCUUCAGUUCAAUGCAAGCCACUCCAAGCCAUCAUCACCAGCGUUUUCCUUUCAAAGUGAAACCGCCUAUGUAACCCCGCUGAUCCUUGCGGCCUGUUUGCAGGAUUUUCAACUUAUCAAGCUGCUGUUGGAUCAUGGACUCACCAUAAGCGACCCAAAUAAUAUCUGGUAUUCAAAACGUUCUAAAGAAACAGCUGGCGAGAAGUUUGGCCCAUCUGUGUAUCGUUCAAACAGAUACCGCGCUCUUGCCAGCCCCAUGUUUAUAGGCGAGUCAUUUCUUCACAACGUACAGAGUGGUCCGGACCCCAUUCACCGCGCCUGCGCUUUGAGCAAAGAGCUUCGGGACACAGCUGCGCAAGAAUACGAGUUCAGUAGUGAGUAUAUUGAGCUUAGUGAUGGCUGUGAAGGAUUCGCUGUGGGACUCUUGAAUGAAUGUCGCACAAUGGAAGAAAUAAGAUGCGUGAUGCAGAUAAUAAACAAAGGAGAAUUGCCCCCAAAUUCCGAGGAAAAUGCCUUAAAUAUGCUAGAAUUUGCUAUUUCUACAACAAAUAGAAAGGUAUGAGAGACAUUCUUAUUUUUACCUUAAUACGUUCGUCACUUCAUUAUCCGGUUGGAUGAAUUAUACUGUCAUGAUUGGCUCAUCCAUUAGGAAAAGUCUUGUAGGGAGUAUGCACACACAGGUUUCAAUAUGCUUCUCUUUGAUUUAGUUUUGAUACUCGAGGCAGCACAUUGUGUAUCCAGCUGACUAUAUCAUCGUCAUCAUCAUUACGGCUUGUUACAAAUGUUAGUUAUGAUGAAUAGCUUUCGAGGAUUUGAAAGUUUAACGGCCAACGCAACACAUAUAUCGCGGCAAUUAGAGCUGCUGUCGGCAGUUUUUUUUUUCUUCGUUCCUGGAGAAAAGUGCCUUGAAACAAGCAGUGCUAAUACUUCUUACAACCGUGCUGUAUCCGUUGGUGUUUAUAGUUUGGCUUGCUUUUGAAAGCUGCUUUCCAAGACAUGAAGUGUCCAGAAUGUUCCAUUCCCCCUGUGCAAAGUUCCUCAUCUUCUGUGGUUCUCACCAAACGUUUCUUGUCCUACUGGCUAUCACAUCAUUCCACUCUGCCUUUCUUGCGUACACCAUUGUUGGUACGAACGAGAAAAAGAGGAGAAUAACUGUAGUAUGGUUUGAAUGCAAUAAUCGAAAUCUAAAAUUUUUUAAUUAGACAAAAUUUGGUAAUAAGCUUGCACCAAGGCUUCUUUGCAACAACCAGUCGUUCAAAUUGAAAUUAACAAUUUAUUGUAACCGCAAAAUAAACAGUUUGUACAGUUAAGCAGAACUGAAGAAACCUGUAGGCCCUGAUCUAUUUUUCCUUUGAAUUGUUUCUUGAGGGAGGAAUCUCGCCUUCAAUUGGCGAAUGACUAAACCGUUCGUUCAAAGACGGUAACAUUGUGUGAUUUGGCACCUUAGCCUCAGAGCUUAAGACGAAUUCUUGACAAGAUCGAAAGUUUGCUUAAAACUUUGUUUGCGAAUCUAAAAAUGUCACAUGAGUAGAAAGUAAAAAGAUUGUUUGAUUAUAUUGUUCUUUUUUUUUUCUUUUGGUUUUCUAUAUUCCGUCCCUUAGAUUGGGCAGUUUUUGUAUUUGUCAUCGGUUACCUCGUAGACAUUGUCAAAGACAUUCUCCAACAAGGAAGAUCUCGCUUCUUUUCUUACUACUGGAACUUUCUGGCUGUAGUCUCAACUACGCUAUUUGUUAUUCACUACAUCAUUUGGUGGACGAGCCGAGUGGCCCUGGAUAACACACUACAUUCUGCUGAAUGGUCGAAACACGCCGAAAACCGUUCUUACUCUGUUCUGUUAACUUCCGAAAGCUUUAUGGCUCUUGGAAUCCUUAUCGCCUUUACCCGUAAUUUCUCAUUCAUUCAAGCAAGCUCCAGCACCGGUCCACUGCUACAUGCAUUCAUUCAAUGCUAA